GUCUGCCCAGAUGGUGUCAACGUGGUUCUGUCAUCAUGUAUGCUCCAGUCAGAAAGUCCUCUUCAGCAAUCCAGGAAAACUGUCCAAACCCGCCCUCGUCUGUCUCUGUGUUAUGUUUUCACUUGCAAUGGUUUAUGCUGUGCAGCAUGGGACAUCGUCACAACACACUCUCAAAGUAUUCCUCCCACAAACCUCAUUAAUUCGGAGGGUGCGAUCCUAUAGCGAAAACCCUGACUUGUCCAGUCUAUCUAUCAACACGUCCAGCCUCUCCCUGGUCACUCACGUCCGGCUGAUGGAUUUGAGAGACCCAUGUAAGAGGAACCUCACUGCUUGUGAUACGUAUGCCUUAUGUGAAGCUGGGUUUGGGUCCCUCAAGUGUAGAUGUCAGCGAGGGUUCUACUUAGAGGAUAAUAUGUGUCAACCCUGUACUACCUCAGUGCCUGAAGGGUUCUAUAUGAAGGAAAGCUGCACUGCAGAUAGAGACGUGGUAUUUAGAGAAUGUUCCAAAUGUAAGGGAUCAGAGUACCAAGUGGCUGCCUGUACGACUACCCAGAAUACCAUGUGUCUAGAUGUCUCCUUCCCUCUAGACCAUUUCAAAUGGAAUGCCACCUACCUUAAAGCAGGUAAUUUUACCCCGGAGGUUCAUACGUCAAAGAAUGUGUUUGUCGAGAAGAUAAGUGGGAUGAAAGAUGUAGACACACCAGUGUACAUAGCUAACAACCAACAGUCGAUGCAGUUCACCUUCCCUCGAGAAUCAGGCCUUCAGGUGAAGGUCAGGGUGUCGGACAUCUUCCUCGUCCCCGAGUAUAUAGACCUGGACCACACGGAUGAUAGUAACUUCUUUCUCACUGAUAUUUACCAGACCAGCCAGUUGUCUGCCCAUUUUCUUCAGAUCCAAAACAAUUACUGCAGACAUCCCAUGCCUGACCAUUACAAGAUGAUGCUGGAACUUUUUCGUGACUUCACAUCUGCCGCCAGAGUUGUCAGUUGUCCAUCUAAAGGCACUGACCCUCCCCAAUGUCCACCUAACUACUUCAAGGAUGACCAGUAUCUGGAGCGAUCGUACACCACACCCUGUCCAGAGAUGCCUGGAAACUUCUCCCAACUUCGUCAGGCCCCAAACAUCAUCUACUGUUCUGAGGACACAGUUUUGUUGAGGGAAACUUUCCGUGUGAUGGCUGCUGACGUGACUCCCCUGAGUUUUCCAUCUCCUGAAUGUAAAGCCUACCAGGAGGAGUGUCAGCGAUGUGUACAGAACAAUUCCUGUAACCCUUCCUCAGGGCAAGGAGAUGCUUGCUGCAGUGUGUCGUGCUUCAACAAAUACGCAUGUCUUCAGGCCUUCAGUUCAGCCUGUCCACCACAACCAGUCAAGUGUGCUGCAGGAGAUCUCUACUUGUUUUCCCUGGAGCCUAAGUUUGACACCAUAGAGCAGAGAUUUAUGUGCCAUCUUCAAUACAAAAAACCAAAGAAACUUUACAAAGUAGAAUAUUUUGUAACCAUACCACACAUGAAUUUCUCCUCCGCUGUAAGAACAAAAGUCAUUAAAGCUGAGAACAAGACCUAUCACAAGCUUGGACACAGCAGUGCCGAUUACCUGUCAUUCUUCCAUGACGCAGUGUCAGAUAUCAACGAUGAAGUAAUUGUCAUUGGCAAUAGGUUCCAGGAUGGAAAAGCAAAAAAAUUCAAAUUUCACAAGUUAAAGGAGCCUAAAGAUUUUAACAAGAAAAAAAGAUUUAAAGUAAGAAAUCACAGGUCAGACUUGAUACCCAAUAAUGUCUACUCUACUCACGUCCAGCUGGAGCGUCCAUUUCUGUACAGUUCUUCUGGAUGGAGUCGAGGUGGAUGUUUAGCUAAAAAUUUCUCCAAGAUCUAUGCACCACAGCCGAUGUAUAAGUCAGGGGGCAUUGACGUAGAACCAACGAUUAUCAAGAUCAGAGAUAAAUUUGAAUAUCAAAUUGCACCAACAUCUAGAGCACCAUACAUACGCUUCUUCCUGAGUGGAAAUGAGUCUGUACUGAACUACUACGAUGAUUUAAAAACAACGAUUAGAAAUGGGAGUUUGUCCGGCUUUGUUAUCUGGGACCAGUGGAUGCAGAAAUGGAACAUCACUGUCAAAGGUUCCCUGAACAGCUGUCCCGCUCAUCUCACCAUGGAUGUGUUUGAUAAGUUUAUGAUAUCAUAUCUUGGACUUUAUGAUGUCUUCGUCAUGCCUCCAGAAAACUUCUCCAUCACCAUACAACUUCCAAAAACACCAAGCGUUGUGCCAGAUAUCUUUAUCGUGAAUAUUAAUGAUUCAGUGACAUGUCAUCGACUGAGUAUUUCUGUGAUUGACAGCCCUGUCGUUAUUGAUUCAGGAGAGGAAAUUUCAGAUUCCGAACUUCAACAUGUUACCCAGUUUCCAUGGAUACCGAUCAUUGUCACUCUUGCCUUGACUGUGAUGAUCUUGUUAGGAUUGGUGGUGAUAGCAAUCGUAAUAAGCAAUAAAAGAGGUGAUAAUGACAGUUUCAUGUCAAAGUACACUUUUUUGAUUGUGCCUCGUGAAGAGGACAGAAUGAAACCUGACGGUAAUCCUGAUGUUCAGGGGCGGACAAUUUCCAAGGUAGUUAUGAUUGUACUGGUCGUUCUCUAUGCCCUCUAUGCCCUCAUGUUCACAUUUUCCAUGUUGCUGCUCGUGUUCUACAUGGUACAGAGCCCCCUAGUAAGCAAUUUGACCAUUGUUUCCAACACGAGCGCCAAAAUUCAAGAGGCUGUUGGCAAACACUUUCACGAAAUGGAAGAUUUUGAGACCCAGCAAGUUGCCAGAAUGUUUAACCAGACACAUGAUCGACUUCAGGCCUGCUCUCAUCAUUUAAAAGAAAAUGCAGAGAAGAUAUUUCAUGAUGUUUACAACAGUAUUGAAAAAGAUAUCACCAAGCUAUAUAGCCAGAAUGGAACCCUCCACCACUUACUUGUCGGGAUAUUGGAAGAACGAUCAAAAACCGUCCGUGUGAAAAUAGAUGUUUAUUUUGAAAGCUGUAACCAAGCUAUACAGACAUAUUUUGAAUCCUUUUUAGACAAAUAUAUUGACUUCCUUCGGGAUGUAACUAAUGUUGCCUGGCUGAAUAAUCCACGAACUUUGUUUAUGGACCAGGAGGGUAUAUUCGAUACUCGCCUUUCUCUGACAGAAGAUGUCACGGAGUUUCUAGAAUGGCUGGAGGUCGAGAAGAUCACAAGUGUCCUCGAGGUCAAGGAACGCCUUAUUGCCAGGUUGCAGCGUUCCUUACCAGAUGUAGAAAUAGACAUUCCACUGGAUAAAGAUGUUGGGGUAAUUACCAAGUCAGCCUCUGAUUGGACAACCAUCAAAUCUCAAGUCUACCAGAAACAUAUUGUUCUUCGUCAGCAAACUUUCUACCAAGGAGGGAGAGGAACGAAAUCUGUGAACAGUAGUGGGAACAUAUAUACACCUAUGGAUAAGCAUGUCGCUUCUAAAGCUAGUCUUAUGUCUGGUAUGAAGGGUGUUCUCCUCCCCGUUUUUAUCUGCGUUUUCAUCAUCAUGGAUAUAUUUCUGAUUUUAUACAGAGUUACAUGGCUACGUCAGAUGUUUCAGAAAGCGAAACUUGGAGCAGAAGAAAAAAUUCCAACGGAUUCAGUUGCGAAAAAAAUUCAUUUUAUGUUGACGGGUCACGAAUCCAAUCAUCCCUAUGACCCACUGGAUAAUCCAUACCAUUACUACAUAGAAAACAAAGAGGAUAUCUGGAAUGGAAAAAAUGAUCUAUAUCUUAAAUUCUGUAGAGCAUCACCCAAGUCUAAAGAGGAUAUUUUACUGGAAAUUUGGAAUCACAAAAAGCGCCAAAAGCAGACGGGUACAACUGCAAACGAGGAGGAGUGCUUCUUUGUGUAUAGUUUGAUAAGACUACUGAAGCUUUUGUAUAAACAUCUCAUUUCACCCAUUCUCUGGAGAUUUGUUUUAGUAGGAUCAUUUGUGUUGAUAAUCUGCAUUCUUAUAAAAGCCUCAAAUGACCUAGUGACCUUGGAGACAGCCACCUUCCUCAUGGAUACUAGGUCAACCUUGCCUCAGUUUCAUAGACAGAUCGAGGUGACAAACAACUUGUUGUCAGACUUACAUUUGUACACUAAUGAAUUCAUUCAGGACUUUCAGUCUGUGGUUGACCUCGAGGUGAAAUUUGGGAAUAACCUAUUGAAGGAUAUUGCUAGUCAACAGAAAACCGCCCUUCAGUCCGUUCUGAGUCAGCUGUGUACGACCAACUAUACACUUUGUGCCACGCCUUUCCCUGAUGUCCAUCUGGCUGACACCCUACUGGGCUGUAACUUCCUCCCUGUCAGUGUUGAGUACUUCAAAGAUUUCAAUGAUGAAAAGUUUAUGGCAUACCUCCAUGCAGAGUUAUUCCCCUUGGUCAGCAUUCUUCGCCAACUUCUGUUCAACACCUGUUACAUACUGUUUGCUUAUGCUUGCUUGAUGCUAAUUUGCCAUAUUUUUAUAAGAGUUGUGUUGUUAUAUUUGAAAAAGACAAGCAGACUUCCAAGAGUAUUUAUGUUUUUGGUGUCAAAUGCUAAUGACUGUUGGAAGGAACACCAUGUCAACAACCCAAAUAAGGACAUUUACCGUAGUGACUCAUGGAUCGAGAGCUGUGAGAGUGGAGUUGUUGGCGAUAUGGAUGACCAUCUCCGAGAACCAAAUGCGUGAUUUCUCCUAACACCCUCUCUGCCGACUAACGCAGAGAGAUUCCUACAGGGAUUGAUUUAAAUCAGCAAAUAUUGUCUUUAUUUUUGUGCUGAGUUCGUACUAUUUGCUGAUUUUCAUGCUCUGGAAUAAUUUUCUUGUUUUUAUACGUUUUUGUUUUAAUUAGAAGUAUGAAUUCACAGUAUUAACUUUAUCACAAUACCUUAAUUCAAAAGAUCAAUUUUUGAGUUUUUAAUCUUGAACUUUUGACUCUGUAUAAACUGCUGAGGUUGUUAGUCAGGGCAGUAAAUAUUUUCCAUGGGGACAUCCAAUCAGCUUUAUGCCAAAGACACUAGUUAAUUGGUGGAUAACCUUCCUCCAGACGUGAAUAAUUUCCUCUCUCUUUAUUGAAAAUGGUUUGCGUUUCAAGUGAUUUUGAGUGUGGGUGCCUUUCACUCAGGUGCCAUAGGUCAGAGUAAGAAAUGAAGUUCUUUAUAUUAAAUUCAUCUCCUUUUAUUAGAAAUAAGUGGCAGCUUUACACCUAAAUUAGUACAGUAUCAAAAAUGAACACAAGUUAACAAAAUGUUUUUAGUUGGCUAUUUACAAAAAAUACAUGGAACAUUCAAUGGCUAAAUGAAGUGAUGGAAGAUGGGGGAAAAUGGAAUGACACUGCUGUUGUUAUCCUUGUUGUCAACAUUGUUUCUACAUAAGAUGUUACAAUGUAUUGGGUUUCAUGAAAUAUGCUAGCGUCAGUUCAUAACAGCACAAGGGGGCCAUGAUGGCCGAGUGGUCAAGGUGUUUGAUCUUUUUUAUCACUACCUCUGGGUAGCAGGUUCAAGGCCUACGUGAACCAGUCACCUGGCUGCAGGUCAGUGGUUUUCCACCAGGAACUCCGACUUUCCUUCACCACCCAAACCUUAUGCAACCUUAAAUGACCUCAGCUGUUAAUAAGACUUAAAGCAACAAUAAGCAAUAAACAAGCAUAAAACAUCAAAUUUCUCAUCUACUUAAAGAUCCUAAAAUAAAUAAUAUUUUAGCAAAUAAGAUUCAGUUGAAAUAUUUCAUAUUUCUCAUACAUUUGUAUACCAAUUCUGUAUGUUCUAUUGAACAAUUGAUGGUAUAUGUGCAUUCAUCAAAGCAUUUCACAAGCAGCAUUUUUUUCGUGCAUUUAACAAGCAUUAUUGUUCUUUUGAGACAUUUCUUGGGUGUUGCUUUAUAAGUCAUGUUUCUUCAAAGUGUCACAAUUAUGUGAAAUACAUGUCAAAUAUAAAAAUUGCCAAAUUAUGGAAAUCUUAGAAUAUUUCAUUAAGCAGCUUUGGUCACUAAUUCGUGUGUGGAGUUUGAUGAAUACAGAAUGUUGAGUAAAACUUGGUUAUAAUGAAUCGCAAGGGACCACAGAAAUCACUUUGUUGUGAUCAUAAUUUGUUCUUCAUAACAAACUUUGAUGAAAAUGGUUGCAGUUCAUACGAUCUAAAAUAUAGAAAAAUAUCAAAACCUAAAUUUCUGUUUUUUAAUUAUUGUUUAUUGGUUUGUUACAUUAUCCAUGCUCUUCAUGUACUGGUUUUGAGUGAACCAAUCAAUAUUCAGUAUUAGGUAGAUACUGCAUACUGAUAUGAGGUAAUAUGCAUGUAAUGUGUUGUUGUGGAAUUUCAUAUUCAAAUCAAAUGGAUUUGUUAUCCUUGUAUUGGUUACCACACAUCAAUAACAAAAUUUCUUCAUGACAAAGAAAUGUUUUUGAAUGUCAUUGUGAUUUGAUAAAAUUAUGUACAGUUGAUAAGCAUUUCUAUCAUCUUGUAAAACAUAUAUGAAUAUUUUUUCUUUGUUUGACCUUUAGUUUGGUAAGUUUACAAAUUUGAAAUUUAAGGAAUAGACAUAUUUAGGACAGUGUGUAGAUCUGUAAUAAUCAUGUAUAAUUGUACAACGUUAUUUAGCAGACAGCAAAGUUUGUUGCAUCCAAAUUGAGUGCAAGCUUGACAAUUUAGUAUGAAUCAGAAGUUUUUGGCAAAAAAAAACAAACAAACUCAGUAUCAUAAAAUCACAGUAUAUUUUUCUUAAACACUUUUUUUACUAUACAUUGAAUAGUCCUGUUAUAAUCCUUUUUGACUACAUGGUAAAUUUUUCUGUUGUAAUUUUCUUUGACUACACAGUUAUAAUCUCCAUUAUUACACAAUGAAUUUUCAGUUGCAGUUUUCUUUGACUUAACUGAAUUUUUAUGUUAAAACCUUCUAAGUCACUAAGUGAUUUUUUUUUCAUCGUAAUCCUGUUUUACUACACCAAAUUGUUUUCCCGGGUUUGUUUAUAUGUAAUCAUAAUGUCAGUGCUGACAAAGUUAUAUUCAAGUCUGUGAUAAUGUUAUGCUGAUCAUUGCUGUAAUGAAGUUGUACUUCCACUGAACACUGACAGUAGUCUGAAGAAUCUACAAUAUUUUAAAACAUUGAUAUUUCCAGUUUAUGUUUGUACAUUGUACAACUAAAAGUGUACUUAUAUGUAUACCAAACAUGAAAGUCUCAAAGACAUAUUGACCAACUUUUAGAUUUAGAAAAUUAAGUCUAUAAAUUGUUUUUUGGCUGGUAUAUACUAUUGCUGUGUUUAAACUGAUAUACAGAUUAUUAAAAGUAAACUGCUUCACUCAUGUAGGGGAAAAGUUCUAACUUACAGUAUUGUUGUGAAAACUUGGAAAUUUAUCUCCCUUAGUUGGAACUCUCUACUGAUGGUAUGACAUUUGGUUCAAAAGUUUACUCUUGACCUCUUAAUUUCAACAGAUGUGAAACAUCAGAUAUGAGUAAAUUCAUUGUACUACUUCUUUACUUAAAAAUUGGGGGCCAUUUUGUCUGUAGCGUGACAAAAGUUUGUCCCUGUUAAUGGAUACAAACAGUAUUUAUAUAAAGUGUACCAACCUAGUCAUUCUCUUGUACAUGUAAUUUUUAGCUCUCAUUGUCGUGUUGAAACAUGUGGAAAAUGUCAUUAAAACCAAACUAGCUUCUUACUGAGUAAGACGUAAGGAAACUUUAAUUAAUACAUGAAACAGAAGCUGACAUCAACUAUACAUGUGUAAGAAUACAUUUAUACAUACUGUUGGUGUACACUUCAAUCUGUUUAACAAUUCUAUUGUUUUACAUCAUUUGCAGAACUUGUAAUGAUAACAGUUAACAGUCACAUCACAUUUCCCUGGAGUACUUCUCCUGUGGCUUGCAGUUCUAUACAUCUAUCACUUUUUAAGUUAUUUUGUUUUAUGGUUUUCGAUGGCUAGCUCCAAAUGAAUAUCAGUCACUACAAGCUAGAGAUAAUGAAAUAGUUAAACUUUUUGUUCUCUGUAACAUAGUGUCAUUGGAUCAAGUCUUAAUUCCAGGUAUCAUGCAUUUAUAAGUAGAAUUCUGUUGUUUUGUUUUUUUUUUUUUAUGCAUAAUAUCAAUUGUUUUUGCAGUCUUUGCUCCUAGUGAUAUAGAAAUAUAAAAAAACAGAGACAUAGCACGAAGCUUGUUUUUCAUUGGUUUUAAUACUCGUAAUAAAAAUAACAUCAUACUGGUUGCAUGUUUAAUCAUAAAACAUAAAUACAUGUCUGUUGUCGCAAAAAGCUUACUGGUGAUAUGAAAUUGUGUAUACAUAUUUUGACAUCCCUGUCCAGAUCCUAGUGGUCAGCAAUCUGGUGAUCUAACAGUCAGUUAUCUGGCCAGAUUCAAGUGCAUAUGGUGGUUGGUAAUUUGGCCAGAUUCCAGCGGUCAGUUAUCUGUCCAGAUUCUGUCAGUGAGUACUCUGCCCGGUUUCUAAUGUAUAUGGUGGUUAGUAAUCUGACCAGAUUCCAGUAGUCAUACAGUUAUAAUUAUUUGGCCGAAAUUCUAGGAGUCAGUCAUUUGGCUGGAUUCUAGUACAUAUGGUGGUUGGUAAUCUGGCAGGAUUGCAGUGGUCAGUUACCUGGUCAGAUUCUAGCAGCCGCUUAUCUGGCUUGAUUCAAGUGGUCAAUAAUUUGGCCAGAUUCUAGGGGUCAGGUGUAUAAAAGUUUGUUGUUUUUAGUUGACAAGUCCAUGGUUGACCAGUAACAAUGUGACUAUAUCAUGUUGUCUGUUGUUUGAUAAAAAUGUAUUUGAUGUGUUCAUGAUUUGCUGAAAUAUAUAUAUUAUAUACGUUAUGUAUAUUAUAUAUUAUAUAUACAUUAUAUGUGUAUUGCAUUCGACCUAGUACCUAAAGCUCCUUUCAUCCGUCUGUGAAAAAGUAAAGUUAUAUUAGAUGUGUGUUAUAAAAUACUGUCUGGCUCUUUAUUGAGAUCUGACCCUCUUUAUUUUUGGCUUUAUUUAUUAUUUUCUUCCUCAAGUAAUAUUGUCUAAAUUUUGAUUGUUCUAGAAUAGAAUGCAUUGACUAGAUAAGGUAGUACAAUAUACUGCAAUACAAUUUGAUGCUAAUAUUGAAGUUAGACAUGCAUUAGUAUGAUAAUGUAGAACUAGCAUUGCUUUUUCAUCGAGUUUGAUACUGAAGUUAUCAGCUGAAAAAUGUCAUUGUUGUAGACAUCAUUAUAAAGUAGUUACUGGGUCGAAUACAGUGUUCAUUCUACUAUUUUGAUGUCAGAAUAAACUUAUUUCUUUUUU